AUGCGUUCUAGUGUCACUAACCGUAUUGUGCAUUGCUCAAUCGCUACCGCACCAGGCGGUGAAACUAAUUCUCCCGCCAAAUCACAACCACCGUCUUUCUCAACGGUUACGUUUCGCUCCGAUAGGUCCAACGACCAUGCUUCUUCAGAAGUUUCGAGUAGUAGGAGAGGCGUAAUAUGCAGCAUAGCCAUGUUGCCGUGUCUUCUUCCACUAACUCACAUCUUUGGUUCUCUCCGAGCCAAUGCCAUGCCACCACCAGGUGGAGAUGAAUAUGUUCGAAUUAAACAAGAGUUGAGGAAGGUAUUGUCAAAGGGAAAGGCCGCCGGUGUGCUUCGUUUGGUUUUCCAUGACGCCGGAACUUUUGAAAUUGAUGACAAUACAGGUGGCAUGAAUGGCUCUAUAGUCUACGAACUUGAAAGGCCUGAAAAUGCUGGUCUGAAAAAAUCAGUAAAGGUUCUGCAGAAAGCAAAGACUCAGAUAGAUACGAUCCAUCCAGUAUCCUGGGCGGACGUUAUUGCUGUGGCUGGAGCUGAAGCAAUUGAAGUAUGUGGUGGUCCUACUAUCCAAGUUUCGCUCGGCAGACAAGAUUCGCUGGGGCCUGAUCCUGAAGGGAAACUUCCUGAAGAAACCCUUGAUGCUUCUGGUUUGAAAAGAUGCUUCCAGAAAAAAGGCUUUUCAACACAGGAACUGGUAGCUUUGUCUGGAGCUCACACCCUUGGAAGUAAAGGUUUUGGAAGCCCUACUUCUUUUGACAAUUCAUAUUAUAAGGUUCUCUUGGAAAAGCCACAGACGCCUUCGGGCGGUAUGUCAACUAUGAUUGGUCUUCCUUCAGACCACGCACUUGUUGAGGAUGAUGAAUGCUUAAGAUGGAUUAAAAAGUAUUCUGACAAUGAGAAUAUGUUCUUUGAAGAUUUCAAAAAUGCGUAUGUCAAGCUGGUGAAUUCUGGUGUAAGGUGGAAUAGCUUAUAA